CUAUUAUCAAACCAAUUACUAUACAACGCAGAAGACAUGUUUGUAAAAGCUUGCCACGAGGCAUUUUAUAUUGAAUAACUGUAACUGUGAAAAGCGUCGAACGCUAAAAAUUUUUCUUCAUGGUUGAUCUGAGAACGCUGCAAACUUUAGUUUUUAGUAAAAUUAUCUGAUAACACACAUAAAUGUCACUUGUACAGUCAUUUGAAAAUCGGGACCCACAAGAAGCAAUGGUACUGGUACACAAUGAUUCGUUGGAACGUAUUUUUUCUGUUCAGUUGACAAAUGGCAAUUCGGCCGACGUUAAGCCAUACUUGGAUAUGCCAUUGUUGGUCGAAACGAAUGAAAAUGAAGUGUUUUUGAAUGCAAGCGUCACAUCUGUUGAAGAUGCAUGCAAUAACCCGCAUGCAAUUAAUUAUUUACAGAACAACUUUAUCGCACCAAACAGAGUAAACAUAAAAGAAGAAGAUCUGUCAACGCAUAUGCUCGAUGAUCAACAGUUGGAAAUUAGUGAAAGUCGCCAGUAUAGCAGUUUCGACGAAACAUCGACCGAUUCUAGCUCAACUAGUGUGUCGGAGGACGAUGUAUCAGACUCUCUAUCAAAAUAUCUGAUUUUUCAUCAAAAGAAAAGAGAUCAGAACGACGAUUCACAAUUGUGUUAUGUGAUGCUACAGAAAUUAAGCGAAAGUGAAAUUCAGAAGUGGACCAAACCGGCAAUGCGUGACGGUGAAAGUGCCCCAAAGCGACCUCGGUUGCAAUCGAUGUACGUUCCGUCAACGAAAAAAAAGGAGCCAAUUCAGUUCAGCGAAAACACACGAACCCUCCGUGUCAGUCGUAGCAGUUCGAGAAAUGCACUAAAAUUUGAAGACAUCAGCAACCAUAGAGCUGUAAACAAACAGUCGAACGUUACGGGCGAAGAAAUCGUAAAGCGAACUGGGAAAAAUUUAACGAUUCUUUCGUCAGCGACAGAACAGGAUCGAUUGAACACCAGAAGCACCCCAGCCUCACGUGUUAGUCGACGCAAUACGAAAAUGAAAAUCAAUCCCGACACCGACAGUGCUGUGCAUACAACAAAUCAACAAUCGGCGGAUGACGGUGUUACUGGACGACCAAAAAUAAUUUUACUAUUUGUCAGGGACAGAGAGUCAGGACAAUUCAAUUGUUAUCGAUUUCCAGAGAGAAGAAAGAAAUGUUAUGUGCCAAUCGAGCGGCUGUCAACACUUCGAUCCGCUGCGCCGCGUAACAAAACACCACGACGCGAUUGUGUUCCACCAUUGGAUUUGAAAGAAAAUUUCGUCACAUCACGAAGAGGGAAAGAGGAACAGAGCAACGGAGCUAUCAACGAUAUUCCAACGUUGGUUUUUCAAGAGACAAAUACAAAUUUCGAAGAUUUGGGAAAAAUCGACAUUUCCAGUUCGAUUUCGCUGGCACCCGAUGUUACCGGUGCUCAUACCAGUCCAUUGGCAUAUGGGAACCGGAACGUAGAUUCAUGGACGCUGGGCGAAAAAUCUUGUCCGACUGUGGAACAACGUAAUUUUGCAGAUAAUUUAAGCGAAUCGGUUCUUCGGAAUGAGCGAAAAGAGGAGACCAGCAGCCUCUACGAUGAUAUUGAAGCGCUUGAUUUUGCAACGACAAAUUUUGAAGAUUCAACGACAAUGGACAAACUCGUUGUUGAGUCGUCUGAUUCGGAAACCAGAAGUCUCAAUGAAGUUCCAUUGGACAAUGAAAUGCCGGAAGAACCCAUGAUGCCCACGUGUGUGCAGAACGAAAAGGCUGGUUCGUUUGUUGAGGUUAUUGACGAUAAUUGUUCCAUUGCGAGUGACAUUUCGCUGUUCGCAAGUGAUUCAGAAACUCUAUAUUCGCCAGACAGAAACAAAUCGAUGAAGCCAACAGAUGGGUGGAAACUCGAAAAUUAUCGCAUCCCAAAAAAGCCAGCCGUACAAAAGAAGCCAAGCGAAAAAUCGUUGGACAAACAGGUGGAACAAAUACUCCGUAUGACAACAAAGAAUUUGCCCAAAAUGACUAGUCCAAUAAAAGAGCAACCAAUCGUGUCAGGUACCAAACGAAAACGGAAGGAAUUUCGAAAUGGAAAAACGAAUGCAGCAAAAGAGUCAAGGAAAUCGGCGAAACCGAGAAAAUCGAUCCAGCAAACGGGUAAACAGACCCAUCCGCAGCCCAGCUCAGUGGAAUCAAAUGCAAACACAGUUCCAUUGGAAAUGGGAUCCGAUUACGAUGUUAAGAGAAAAAAACAACCCAAUAAAAUUCGAGAAACCGGCAUGUUGGAUAGGAAACCAAUGGAACCAGAAAAAACGAUCAAAAGUACGGAACAAUUUAACGAACUGCAAGACAUCUGCAUGCUGGAAGGAGUAUCAAUUGAACCAGAAAAAACGAUCAAAAGUGCGGAACAAUUUAACGAACUGCAAGACAUCUAUAUCCUGAAAGAAAUAUCAAUGGAGCCGGAAACAACGACCGAGAUUGAGGAACAGUUGAAUGAGUUGCGAGACAUCUGCAUGCUGGAAGGAAUAGCAAUGGAACCGGAAGACACGACAAAAGUUACAAAAGAAAUUAAUGAAUUACAAGACGACGGCAUGUUGGAAGAAGCUAUAUCAACGGAACCGGAAGAUACGAUAACAACUGCGGAGCGGCAGACUGAUCUACAGUUAAGCGCAUCAGCAUCUAAUCGUAUAGCUUGUAUAGGCGAUGCAUCAGAGCAUCGGUCGUCCAAAGAACCUCCUGAACUGAAUCAGUCUGAACAUCCGAGCGAAUCAAAUGCACCGUUGGAAAAUAUUGCUGAAAUGAUAUCGAAAAUCGACACCAGUCAACCAGUGAAUGGAAUGAAGUUCAGGUCUAAAAUCGAUUUCAAGAACUUGGAAAAGAUUACAAUCAAUGUGGCUGAUUUAAAUUCAAGUCGAAUUGUUUCAAUACCGAAUGCGAAUCCUCCGGUGUUACGUCACUCUGAGCCACCAUUCAGCCAUCAGUCAGCGGAACUGGAACCAUUUAUAGAACAAGUUAACAUAGUGCCGGUACACUCUACACCUCCACGUUUUCAGCCAUCGCUGGAACAACCACUGAUUACUCGCUCUGCACCAAUUGCGAUAAAUUCGGUCGAAAAUUCACAAUCAGCGCAGAGAGCAGCGUCGGAAGCCUUAGAUGAAAUGCAAUCAGUGCCAGGACAAUUUGCAGCAACAAAACCGUUGAUUGUUGAAUCCGUACCAACACCGAUAGAUUCGGUCCAAAAUGUGGUAUCACAACCAGCACAAAUAGCAGCAUUGGACGUUUUACAUCGAAUGCAUACAGUGUCAGCACAAAAGUCUUCAGUAGCCGAGCCAUUCAUUGUUCAAUCCGUACCAACACCAAUAGAUUCAGUCGAAAAUUUGGUAGCUCAUUCAGGACAAUCAAUUCACAAUAAGCUAGUGAUACCAGAACAAUCACAAGGAAUGCAAUCCAUGCCAAUACUUUCUACGCCACUACAGUUCCAGUCGUCACCGGAAUCACUAUUGACUCUUAAACCAAUGUCAAUACCACAACCAAUGAACUCGUUUCAAAAAGUGGUAACUCACUCACAAACAGCAAUGCUAACUGCUCCUGAACAUUUGUAUAGAAUGCAAUCAGUGCCGAUACAAUCUGCGCCACCACAGUUUCAGCCGUCUCUGAAACAACCAUCAAUCACUCAAUCAUUGCCAAUGCCUCAACCGACAAACUGGUUCGCAGAAAGUAUGAUUACCUCGUCGCCGACGCAGUGGUCAGACUAUUGGCAAUCUGAUGACGUAAGACACAGAUACAUCGUUGCCACACUGAAGCUGUUCGAACAUCCGUGCAUCAAUUUUCUUGCGAAUAAACCAUGUGCAGUGCCGAUUUCAUGCCCGUACAAUCAUCAGUUACCGAAUUCUGACAAGAUACUCUCAAAAAUGCACACUUAUUCGAACGAUAAGAUUCAAUUCAUUUACCAAACAUUUAUCACGAAAAGUCUGCCGACAUUCACACUGUAUUUUCCGUGGGUUUGCUGUUUGUUGGGAAUUCGUAAAAUGGACGAAACGCUCCUAUCAUCGGUCAGUUACUGUGACAAAUAUGGAAAAUAUGAUUUUUACAGAUACAUAUUUGGAGGACUGAUGAUGUCUGGCAAAUCGGAUAAGGAGGCUCUUGGAAUAAUGGUUGAUUUCGUUGAUAUUUGCGAAGAGAAUUUCGCAGCGUUUUACGAAAUUAUGAAGAAUCCUAUCAAUCCAUUUCUAUGUUAAAAA